AUGCCUUGGCCGAAGCUCACUCCUCUCCAAUCCCGCUUUGCCGCCUCCCUCGCUGCCACCAUCCUCCUUAUAAUACUCUACUUUGCCCUCUCCAACCCACAUCUCGCCUACGCAACAAACGUUGAUGCUCUGAUAUUAGAAAGACAUGGUUCUCCAGAUUUGACACUUAUAGACACCCAGGAGCAGAUUUCCGUACAGUGGAACCAUGUUUCUAUACAAGAAGAGAAUAGGCUGGACAAUGAGGAUGGCGCAGAUAUUGAACGGAGGGCGGCUCCAGGAACAGAGGCCCUGGCAAACAAUGUUGCUAAGUUGAAGAAUAUAAAGAUUGGGGAAAUACAGUAUUGGGUAUUCCCUAAGGAGGCAGUACAUGGCCCCAGGUCCCCACCUACACCGGGCUUGCCGUCAGAUAUAAGCGUCAUUCUGGAUGGAGGCACGACAAAUCCGGAUAGCAACUCCGAAGACUCCAAGGACUCAGAAAAUUCGAAUAAUGUAUUCGAAUCGGACGCCAGGGGCAUAAAAUUAUCUCGUCGCUCUGUUUCCGUACAUAUCACUGCAAAUACUUGUCUUCAGCCAGAGCUUAACGUUACCCGUGCCGCCAAAGACGCUGGACCGCCUCAACUGGAACUGUAUGUGUCUACGAGCAAAACGUUCGAUAGGCCCGGCCCACAGUACAAGGACAACUCUGCUAUCACCCAUAAACCCUUUGAUGGAGGCUAUGUUGCUGUAAAUCCCGAUACAGAUGGAGAUGUGUACAUCGCCAUUGCCGCUCCAAACAGCACCCGUUACUCAGGAAUAUAUAAUUAUGAAAUCGCAGCCUCGAUUGACGCCCCGUUCCAUGGUCUCGAUAAUAGCAGUUCUUUCCUCUAUUUUGUGGACGGUGAUAACAAUGCGGCUCUUUUACAAACAAAUGAUACCACACGUGAACCACCAGAGUCGGAAAUAUAUAAGAAGUGGCUGGCCCUUGAUCCACCUCCUUUUACGUUAUUUGCCCAUAAUAUGAACGAUUCGGCUAUUUUGGGCCUUCAGCAUUCAUAUUGUGGUCUGCAGAAUAAUGCACAAAUAAGCAAGAAACAGAAAAGCCUAGAUGUUGGCAUGACUGCUCGUGGUAUAGACCAUAAACCCAAGCAACAGAUUUAUGCGAAGGGUCUCAACAGCAGCUCUGUUUACUAUGGAUUCUUGGCCAUGGAGGGAAAUUCAACUGCUUAUGGUAACAAGGUUGUAGGGGGCGGAGGAAAAGUGUGGAAAGCAAUGAAUUUCACAACAAAAAGAGGUAAGCGAAAAUCAUACCCAUCGAUCUACCAAGCCAAUACUGACUUAUAUGGAAUUUUGAAAGAAAACAAUUGCGCUAUAAUAUAUAAUUUGAAAUUCUGCUCCGAAGUUGCCUAUGCAGUCCCAUCCAGUCCGGAACUCAAGGUUUCUCAGCUUAGCGAGAUUUAUGACACACAAGCGGAGCAAUUAUACCAAAAUUUCAGCUAUUCGCUUCAGCAAGUAUCCUGCAAUGCUCCCGCAACAGAGCAGUACUCCCUUGCAACGAACUGCUCUCAGUGCGCAGGUGCCUAUAAACAAUGGCUUUGCGCAGUCACUAUACCCAGAUGUCAAGACUUUUCCAGUGACCUUCCAUUCCUCCGCCCGAGAAAUACUGGCCAACAAUUUCUCAAUGGCACCAUGCUACCCGAUGACUACUCAGGCCGCCUGAACGUUUUAACCAAUUCUUCUCGAAACCCACUUAUCGACAUCAAAAUUAAACCAGGGCCGUAUAAGGAAGUCCUUCCUUGCCAGGAUCUAUGUCAUUCAUUAGUUCGAAGCUGCCCUGCGUCAUUUGGAUUCGGAUGUCCCACAGGCCAGUGGCUAAACUAUUCUUAUGGGCAGCGAAGUGCCAACGGAGAUAUUACCUGCAGCUACCUCGGGGCCGCGUAUUUUUUGAAUUCGGGAUGGAAGUCCGUGGACGGAAUGAAGUCUAUUUUUUCCUUUACGCUUGUGUUUUGGGGACUCGUCUGGGGAUUUUCAUUGGAACUGAUCUGA